ACCAUUUUCACUUUCCAUUUCUGGUCAAAUUUCGGCGACCAUUUCCGCCAUUAUUGAUUACACGAGAAAUAAGUUCUUUAAUGUCCAAAACCCUCGUCCUUACAGGCUUACACUGCCCCCUACAACUCAUAUCUUUCUCCUGUCGGAAAAAGUUAUCUAGAUGCUUAUUUAAUUGAUUUGUCAUUUCAAUUCAAUUUAAUUCUCCAAACUGGUCAACACCAGUAGAAAAGUUUCCAGAUUUCUUGUAAUUUUUUAACCCGUUCGUUCACCAACCAUCAAUCUUUCUCUUGCUGUUAUCAUUCAAGCAAGUAAGUUCGAUUAUGAUGAUUAGAAGUCCCAUUACUUUUGUUUAUAGUUAAAUCAAUCAACUUCAGUUACUUGGCCCUCUGUAUUUGAUUGAUUUCGAUCUUCAUUCUGUGAAUAGAUUUAUUUUUGUUGUUGUAAGUUUCGAGAUUUAGUUUGCGUAUAGUUGUUCUCGAUCUGAUAAACCUCAAGUGAGAUGGAAAGAAGGUAAAGUUCAGAUCAUGACUUCCAAUCGUCCACUUCCCGAUCGUUCUUCAUCGACAUCCAGUAAGAACUCAGAUAAUAUCUCGAUUGCAAAUCUACAUCAACAACAACGACCAGAUACCUUGCAAAAUUCGUCUUCCCAGCAAAGCAUUAAGUCGAACAGCUGGAGGGCAACCUCUGUAAAUUUCGGAUCAAAGGGCGUGCGACAUGGAUCUCGAAGUGGUGCUGAUUCCGAAGGAUUUAGUAUGUCCAGAAGAGAGAUUAACGAAGACGAUGCGAGGUUGGUUUACAUAAACGACCCCUUAAAGACAAACGAGACGUUUGAAUUUUCUGGGAACUCUAUCAGAACAGGAAAGUAUUCUAUCUUCACAUUUUUGCCUAGAAAUCUCUUCGAACAAUUCCAUAGAGUUGCCUACAUGUACUUCCUAAUCAUCGCCAUUCUCAACCAACUUCCCCAGCUUGCAGUUUUUGGGCGUGGUGCCUCAAUUCUGCCAUUAGCAAGCGUAUUACUCGUUACAGCAAUUAAAGACGCUUACGAAGAUUGGAGACGACACAAAUCGGAUAAAAUCGAAAACAACCAAACAUCAUCUGUUCUCAUCAACGAUCGAUUUCAACACAAGAAAUGGAAAGACAUUCAAGUAGGCGAAGUCAUUAAAAUCCUAGCAAAUGAAACGAUUCCCUGUGAUCUUGUACUCCUCUCAACCAGUGAUCCAACUGGGGUUGCUUACGUCCAAACUAUAAACCUAGAUGGCGAAUCAAAUCUGAAGACCCGUUAUGCAAAACAAGAAACCCUUUCACGAAUCCCUGAAAAGGAUAUAAUCAGUGGGUUAAUCAAGUGUGAGAAACCCAAUCGAAAUAUAUACGGUUUCCAAGCUAACAUUGAGAUUGAUGGAAAACGUCUAUCUCUUGGCCCUUCAAAUAUAGUUCUUAGAGGCUGUGUAAUCAAGAACACAGAUUGGGCAGUUGGAGUUGCAGUAUAUGCUGGAAGAGAGACAAAAGCCAUGCUUAACAACUCAGGAGCUCCAUCUAAAAGAAGUCGCCUUGAAACCCACAUGAAUAAAGAAAUCAUCUUGUUAUCGAUCUUUCUUGUUGGUUUAUGCACAAUUGUUUCUACAUGUGCUGGUGUUUGGUUGAGGCGACAUCGAGAGGAUCUUGAUCUAAUGCCCUUUUAUAGAAAAAAAGAUUACUCAAAGCAAGAAGUGGAGAAUUACAACUUUUAUGGGUUGGGGAUGGAAAUAUUCUUUUCUUUUUUGAUGUCAGUGAUUGUGUUUCAGAUUAUGAUUCCCAUUUCUUUGUAUAUAUCCAUGGAGCUUGUGCGUGUUGGACAAGCUUACUUUAUGAUCCGAGAUGAUAAGAUGUUUGAUUCAACAUCGAACAAAAGAUUUCAGUGUAGGGCGUUGAAUAUAAAUGAGGAUUUAGGACAAAUAAAGUAUGUGUUUUCUGAUAAAACUGGUACUUUGACUGAAAACAAGAUGGAGUUCCAAUUUGCAAGUAUUUCAGGUGUAGAUUACAGUGGGGAGAAAUCAGAAUUUUAUGGUGAAGAACAGGGGUACAGCAUUCAAGUUCAGGGGCAAGUAUGGAGGCCAAAAGUCAAAGUACAGGUUGACCGGAAGCUUCUUAAACUAUCACAAACUCGAAAUGACACAAAAUCCAGCAAAGAGAUAUAUGAUUUCUUUCUUGCAUUAGCUGCUUGCAAUACAAUUGUGCCUAUUGUUGUUGACACAUCUGAUCCCAAUGAGAAGUUGAUUGAUUAUCAAGGGGAGUCUCCAGAUGAACAAGCGCUUGUUUAUGCUGCAGCGGCUUAUGGUUUUAUGCUAAUUGAACGAACAUCUGGUCACAUAGUUAUUGAUAUUCAAGGAGAAAGACAAAGAUUUAACGUUCUCGGAAUGCACGAAUUCGAUAGCGACAGAAAAAGAAUGUCGGUUAUUCUAGGAUACCCCGACACGACAGUAAAAGUAUUCGUCAAAGGAGCCGAUUCCACCAUGUUCAAAGUAAUCAACAAAACCCUAAACGUCGAUACACUAAAAUCAACCGAAACUCAUCUUCAUUCCUAUUCUUCAAUCGGUUUAAGAACCCUAGUUAUAGCAACACGUGGACUCACAAUCCCUGAAUUCGACCAAUGGCAAUCAACGUAUGAGAUCGCAAGUACUGCUUUAAUGGGUAGAGCAGGGUUACUAAGAAAAGUCGCCAUAAAUUUAGAGAACAAUCUUUCGUUAUUGGGUGCUUCUGCCAUUGAAGAUCGAUUGCAACAGGGUGUUCCUGAAGCUAUCGAGUCUUUAAGAACAGCGAAUAUGAAAGUUUGGGUUUUAACGGGUGACAAACAAGAAACUGCAAUUUCUAUUGGCUAUUCGUCUAAGCUUUUGACAAGUGAGAUGAUUCAGAUUGUUAUUAAUAACAAUUCGAAAGUUUCUUGUAAAAAAAGUUUGGAAGAUGCUUUGAUUAUGUGUAGAAAAAAUGAUGCGAGUUCUGUUGCCCUAAUUAUUGAUGGAACUAGCCUUGUUUAUAUUCUUGACUCUGAACUUGAAGAACAGCUGUUUGAGUUAUCCAGUAAUUGUGCUGUGGUACUAUGUUGUCGAGUGGCCCCACUACAGAAAGCUGGGAUUGUUGCACUCAUAAAAAAUAGGACAGAUGACAUGACACUUGCUAUUGGGGAUGGUGCGAAUGAUGUGUCAAUGAUUCAAAUGGCUGAUGUGGGAGUUGGAAUCAGUGGGCAAGAGGGUCGCCAAGCUGUGAUGGCAUCAGAUUUUGCAAUGGGACAAUUUCGGUUUUUGGUCCCACUUUUAUUAGUCCAUGGUCAUUGGAAUUACCAAAGAAUGUCCUACAUGAUCCUAUAUAAUUUUUACAGAAAUGCCCUUUUUGUCCUUGUCUUAUUCUGGUAUGUCCUUUUCACGGGAUUCACUCUAACAACAGCCAUAACAGAAUGGAGCAGUGUCUUAUACUCAGUAAUCUACACAGCAAUUCCCACAAUCGUAAUUGGAAUUCUUGAUAAAGAUCUUGGAAGAAAAUCUCUCAUGGCAUACCCUCAACUCUAUGGGGCAGGACAAAGACAAGAAAGCUACAAUUCAAAGCUGUUUUGGGUGACAAUGGCCGACACGUUAUGGCAAAGUGUAAUUGUCUUUUUUGCCCCUGUAUUCGCAUAUUGGAAAACCGAUAUUGAUGGAUCGAGUUUAGGAGAUUUGUGGACACUUGCAGUUGUGUUCAUAGUGAAUAUACAUUUGGCUAUGGAUGUGAUAAGGUGGAGUUGGAUUAGUCAUGCUUCCAUUUGGGGCUCCAUUUUUGCUACUUGUGUUUGUGUUGUUGUUAUUGAUGCUAUUCCCGUUUUGCCUGGAUACUGGGCGAUUUUUAAUUUAGCAAGAAGUGGAUUAUUUUGGAUUUGUUUGUUUGGGAUUCUGAUAGUGUCAAUGAUUCCUCGGUUUGUUGUAAAGAUGUUUAUGCAACAUUGUAAGCCUUCAGACACUCAAAUAGCAAGAGAAGCAGAAAAGUUUAGGAAUUCAAUGGUGUUAACAAGAAAUGGAGGAAUAGAAGAAAUAGAAAUGAACAACCCACCUCAAAGAUAGAUGAUGAUGAUGAUGAUGAUGAUAUCAUAUUCUUUUUUUUUUUUUGGUUUUAAUUUAUAAAAAAAU